AUGUCCCGCGUCGUCAUUGCCGUGCGUCCGCCCUGUCGCGCCCAGACUCGGACGCUCCUCGCGCCGCCUGUCGUCGUCCAGAUGAGCAGCGAUCAGGAAACCAGCAGUCCCGGCAUCCACUUUUUCACCACGGCCGUGCUGCUAGACCCGUCGUCCGGCGCCGUCGCCGAGGGCCUGCUCGAGGGCACCACGGCCACCACCGGCGUCGUCCUCGACGCCACCACCAUCAUCUUUGCCUUUCCCGACCUGUCGAUUGCCGCACCUGGCUCCUACACCAUGCGCCUUGACGUCUACGGCAUGUAUCCCAACAGCACCGAUGGCGCCACUCUGAUUGCCCAGCUCGAGACGGACACCAUCUCCGUCGGCGACGGCCCGGUAGCCAGUCAACAACCAUCAUCAUCAGAAGCGGCCAUCAUAGAGCUGGCCAGAAACGCCGGGGUUCCACUAUCGCCACCAGAGUGA